AACAUGUAAAUAUAAUCGUCAUAUUUAUGUCAUAGUGCGAACUCGCUGAGAAGUACUGUUUGUUGUAGUGGAAAAACUGUAGCCUAACUUGAAUUGCCUACAUCUGAAUUGAUUACACAUGUGCUAAGUUCCAUCUACUUUUAACAUUUUGCAUUAUUUGAAAUGUUUUGGCGUACAAAAAUGAAACAACCUUGCACAACGUAGGCGGGGGCUCUCUUGUAUUCCUUUGAAAAUAUUGAUACUAGCUACUACACAGCCAUUUUUAUGAGUGCAGGUAGAAUUAGACAUACAAGCGUCAAAUGAUUUAAUUUCAUUUCGGUUUUCUAUUCUUUAAGGUGACAGAACAAGAUGGGAAGAAAGCUGAGGCACUUGCUAAUUUUCCUUCUCAUCAUCCUGAAGGAACCAAACCUACUGGGAGCUGACUGCCCCUGUCAGUUGCCCAUCUACUGCAAAUGCGCAAGCCUGGGCCUCACCAGCAUUCCAGAACUUCUGCCAAGAUCUUUAACUACUUUGGUUUUGGUUUCUAAUCCCAUAUCAGGCAUUCCCUCUGGCUCAUUUUCAAAACUAUCCAAGAUUCAAAAUAUAAACCUAUGCUGCAAUCAAAUAACAAACAUUCAGCGUGGCACAUUCUCGGAUUUACCCCAACUCCGAAGUUUGAUCUUAGACAGAAACAAAAUCACCAGCAUACAAAGUGGUGUAUUCUCAGACUUGCCCCGACUACAAUUUCUCAACCUAGACCAAAACCAAAUAGCUAACAUCCAGCCAGGUGCAUUGUCACGUUUACCCCAGCUCCAAACUCUGAAACUAGGCCACAACCAAAUAACCAACAUCCAGGAUGGUAUAUUCUCAAAUUUUCCCCAGCUCCAGGAUUUGGAAAUAUACCAAAACAAAAUAGCUACCAUCGAGGUUGGUGCAUUCUCAAAUUUGCCCAAGCUAGUACAUUUGUGCCUUCACCUCAACCAAAUAGCCGCCAUCCAGGAUAAUAUAUUUUCGGAUUUACCCAAGCUCAAGGAUUUGAACCUCAGCCACAACCAGAUAACCACCAUCAGGGAAAAAUCAUUCUCAGAUUUACCCAAGCUACACAAUUUGUACCUUGCCUCCAACCAAAUAACUAAGAUUGAGCCUCAUGCAUUGUCAGAAUUACCCCAGCUAAGAAGUUUGAAGCUAGGCUACAACCAAAUACCUAACGUUCCGUCUGGUACAGUAUGGGAUUUAACAAAGCUUGAAAUUUUAGACCUGCAGUCAAACAAGAUAACUACCCUUCCACGAGUAGCUAUUGGCCUUUUGGCAUCUAUGAGUGGUGUUAACAUUGGCAAUAACCCAUGGAAGUGUGAUUGUAAUAUUUCUCAAUUUAGGCAUGAAAUGGCUAGAUAUUUUUCUGCUUCAUUUGCAGAGCAGAUGAUAUGUGUCGAGCCUGACAAGUUCUUUGGAAGACAAUUGAAAGAUAUCAAUCUCGAAGAACUAGAUUGUAGAAAGAAAACAAUAACAACAUUGCCUGUUGCUAUCCCACCCUCACCUACCCCUUAUGUGGAGCUGGGACAUUCUUCAGUUGGUAAAUAUGAAGAAAAUAAUGCCAAACCAACACCACCUACCAUAGCCCCAACAUUUGCCCAAACCCCUAGGCCUGUUGCUGAACAGACAUCAGAUCUAAGAUCUUCAUUUGGUAAUGCAGGCAAUAAUUGUCACCCAACACCACCGGCACCUAAAAGUAAAACAUCCGGCAAAAUCCCUGUUGCUAUUCAGGCCUCAGCUACCUCGUUAACAGUGCUAAGAUCUUCAUUUGGUGAUGCAGGCAAUAAUGGUCAUCCAACACCACCAACACCUAUAAGUAAAACAUCCGGCAAAAUCCCCGUUAAUAUCCAGGCAUCUCUUAUCUCCUCUGAAGAGCUAAAAUAUUCCUCAUUCAGGAAUGCAGAAAAUGAUACUCUCACAAUUACAACACCACCUGCUGUUAGUUCGGCAUUUGACAUAAUGUCUGAUAAUACCCAAAGAAACGUGUUAGCAACAGUUACAACGACACCAUUAACCACUCGUGGUGGUUCGCUGAAACGAGAAAGGGACAGGCAUUAUGAAUCAGAAACUGAUAUCUCUCUCCCUGUUUACAUUGUCUCUCUUAGCGGUGCCGUAGCUGUCACUGCCCUCAUUGUCGCCGUUAUUGUCACAAUCGUAUACAAGAGAAGGGCAGGUAAACGUUCUCCGGACUCAGACGCAAAUAAUGGUUUUAGCAACAGAAACAUUACAUCUACUAUUGUAGUAACAGGCCAGGGAGGGCAAUCAGAGACUGGACCCAAACCCACAACCACCCAGAACUCACCAUCAACCAAUGCAAAUAUACCCUGUCAUAACCAACCUCCCCCACUCCCCCCACGUCGCAAAGGUGCUUCUUUAGCACGCGAGAACGCCCAAGCGGAAUGUCAUGACACUCAACCCAGGCCCAACAAUCAACACAUACCAGAAACCAAUGAUGGUCAUGAUGGUGCAAAUGGCACUACACACCACUACCAACCAUUAGCGAAGUCAUGGAAUAUCAACGGACCCACUGAUUGUCAUGACUACUUAAUGCUUGUAGCAAAUGCGCAGGCCAAUACAAUCAAACCAUACAAAGAUGAGCCUCCCCCUCUUCCCCCAUCCCGUAAAGUUGCUUAUGCAGUAGAUGAGAAAAAACACUACCAAUAUCUAACAAAACCCGAUAACCAGCCUGCUGAUGCAGCUGAAACCCCACAUCACUACCAAUCUCUAAAACAAACCAUGACAGUUGAAGGGUCCACUGAUGAAAAUGGUUACUUAGUACUUGAACCAAAAGUGAAUGACAAAAAUUAACAUCUGAACAUUGCCCAGCCUGCUUCAAUAUCUACGAUUAAGGUCUGUAUCUAAAAUUUCCAUCAAAUGCCACUAUAAGGCCAAAUAUGGCCAGUCUCAUGGGUCUCGUGGGCUCCAGGGUCACGCUGAUGUAUAGCUUAUCAGAUCUCCACUUACUCCUCCCAAACACCCCUUCUACAUGUAGUUCACUUGUCUACGGGUAAACUCGGAUCCGCGAAAAGCGUUCUGCAUGAGUGCCACGCCUUAAGAUAUAUUUUAUUGCUUUUUGAGUUAAACUAGCCUUCCAACCCAAACGCAUUCAAAAUUGCAACAUUCCAACAAGGGUAGAUCUGCAUAGAAUCAUAAUUUUCGUCUGCACACCAAAUGCCAACAAAAAUGCAUCCGAUAAUUUUACGUGGGCUGACAUGCUGUUGUAAAGAGCAACUCAACAAGAGAUUGUUGCAUUGGUUCAGCUGAAGGUGCAAGUAUAUUACUAGCUAUAAAGAGCAACUAUCCGUUCGACGACUAUGCUAUUUGUUUACUUGAUUAUACACUCCCUGGAAGGGUGGAACUGAAAACUCACAUAUUAUUUCAAUCCCCGCUUCAAGUUAACAAUUAUGGAGCAUACCUGAUAAUGGCCACAGUAAUAGUUACACAUUCAACAAUUUCGGGAACUUUUGCAUGCAGAUCUGUCAGAGACUUAGGUUCAUGCAUGCAAACCCGUAAAGACAAAUUAUGACGUUAGCUUUUUUAGCAGAGGUAACAAUGUACUGCAGUACGUAUACGUGUUUAGUCAAAAAACGAGUGUUCAAAGUAAAUAUGAUGUGUUCUCAAAAAUAACAAUGAAAAUAUCUAAAGAAUAUCUUAUUUCUCGUCCUUAUAAGAGCAAUAGUACGUUAAAGCAGUGUCUGUAUUACAUUUAAGUUCAAUUAUCAUCGAUCUUUUAUGACUUUAUUGACAAGUCAAGACGUUUUCUCACCUUAUAUAACCUAUGUAUCAAGAUUAUAAUGUACACAUUUGUUAGUGGUGACUAAACCAGGGAUUUAGAUUUAGGGGAUCAAUAUUUCAUUCUAGAACAUGACUGUAUUAAGGUUUGUUUGGUAGGAAGUAUGUAUCAUAGUGUGUGUAUAAAGAUUCAGGUUUCCCUUUCUGACAAGUUUUCUAUCUUUUAAGCAUGUGGAGCAAAUAUGACAUCUGCACAUAAAUUUCACCGUCUCCACAGUUACUUUGUAUGUAAUGGACAAAAAAGCUUGUUCAACUUGCAUUAGACAUUACUUGCCAUUGUUAAUGUCCAUAGAAGUUUUCUGUCACAUUUAUGUAAAUUGAGUCAGAUCUUAUUACUACAGCAGUACUUUUCAAUAUUGUGAAUACGUGGGGCAUGAUUGUUGCGUUGAUUCAGCUGAAGGUGCAAGCAUUUUACUUCAAUUGAUAAAAUCUAGAAGCAUCAGAAAGAGUGGUAAAAGUAUCAAUCCAUUUUUUGUAACUUUACAGUGAACUUGAACAUUUUGACAAUGUUUUCAUUUCAAUUCACCUUCGAUUGCAAAACAUUCGACCUUAUUGCAUGGGUGUUCUAUUAGUUUGAUUAGAGGAUAUUUCAGCGUACCAUGGUUUCACAGAGCACUCACUGGUAGAAGAAGAAGUUUUUUCUUAAUUGGUGCUAUUCCACCAUGUACCAAGAUUCUCAAAUGAUUGUUCAAAAGUAAUAAUUAUUCUCAGUGAUUGUUGUACAGUUUUGACUUUCAGGAGUAGGUGUAAGUCUUUGACAAAUAAAGAGACACAGAGUAUACUUCCGUUUUUGGUAUGUAGUAGAAGUCUCAACUCCCAACUUAUAAUUAAUAAAAAUUUUAACAUCAAAAUCCAUGAUUUUGUAAGUUUCAAAUUCUUGACUUUUACCAGCUUUACAACAUGUUUAACAGCUUACCAGAGCAUAGACAUCAAAAGGCA